GAUCACAGUAGUAUUAUUAUAUUAUUUUAUUUUUAUUAUAUUAUUACUCAUAACUUAUUUGUCAUAUUCGCAGUCUAAAAUGAUAAAACGCCAUUUUAGCUCGUCCUCUUAUGUGUUUAUUUCGAUUGUCAUUUAACGGAUUUUUUCCCCCACGCACGUCUGCGGAGGUUCCGUAGUUCCCUGAACGUCUCAAUCCCAUACGUUAGUAUACGUGCGCGGCGGGGAGUCCGAGGCGCCGUGAAGGCAUCUCGCCCGCAUCCACCUGCUUCCUGUUACUUCUGUGAUUGUGCAGACUCACAGGUGUUGUGUCCGGCGUGGAAAGGUCGAGAAAGAAGCCAAGCCUGGAACAAUACAACAACAACAAGCCGUGGGACCACCUUUUUUUGUUUUGUUUGGUUUGUUUUAAAAAAAAGAAAAAAGCCGGUAUUAUGUACAUUGACGGGCAGGUGCGCCGCGGCUUCGGGCUUGUACGUUGAUCUUUAUCUUCAUCUCAGGCACAACCAAACUCUUGUUUUUUGUUUUUAUUGUGGCGGGGAACGCCGUCAUCGAAGUGAGUAAGCCUUAAAGCCUAAAGAAGAUCAUCCCCUCGGAAGAGGCAGCUUACUAUAGUGUUGCUAAUCAGCUAGCUCGCGGCUAACCAGCAUAAAAGCACUUCCGCUUCCGGUCGUGUCAAAAUCAAAGCCGGACCUUGGACCUUCUUUGCAAGUGGAUCGCAGGACUGGGACCGAAAGUAGGUGGUGCUGCUGUGCCUACUUAAGGCCGCCAUUUGCGCACGGUGCUGUCCGCCAAAGAGGAACCAGGGUGGGCAGUAAAUUGAGGGACAGACAAGAAAACAAGCUCAACCUCAGCUGACGUGUCACCCCCCCUCCCCCCCAACAUGGCGUCAGGCCACCAGGUCCACUCCACCGUCCUGCAGGAGGAGCUCACCUGCCCGGUGUGCUUGGACGUCUACCGCGACCCCCUGCUGCUCCCGUGCGGCCACAACUUCUGUCGCAAGUGUCUGGACCGGCUGCGGCAGGAGACGGAGCGCAGCCGCUUCCGCUGCCCGGAGUGCCGCUACAGCCACAGCAGCAGCAUGGACCUGCAGAGGAACUUCAAGCUGGGCAACAUCGCCGACGACUUCCGCUCCAGCAGCACGCCGGCGGCGGCAACGGCGGCGGCCAAAGAGUGCGUGACGUGGACGGUCCCCAAAGGGUUUGUCCCGUGCGACUACUGCCUGCCACCCGCCGCCGCCUCCUCGUCCACGGCCUCCUCCUCCUCCUCCGCCGCCUCUCCUGAAAAAGGCGACAUGCAGGAAGGCGCCUACGGCGUGGCGGUGAAGAUGUGCCUGAAGUGUGAGGUGUCCAUGUGCCAGGAGCACGUCAAGCCUCACCUGGAGCUGCCCGUGUUCAGAGACCACCUGCUGACUGAAACCGUCUGUGACUUCUGGAAGAGGAAGUGUCCGGACCACGACGAGUUCUACAGGUACUACUGCGUGGACGACAAGGUGUUGGUGUGCAACUCCUGCACCAUAGAAGGACGACACCAGGAGCACACAAUGAGGACCAUGAAGAACACCAUGAAGGACAUGAAGCAGGGGGCGCUACACAAGCAGCUGGGCAAGGUGCUUCGGAAGCAGGGCUUGGCCAAGAAGAGGCUGCAGGAGCAGAAGCAGAAGGAGAGACAGAGAGAGAAGUUCCUGCAGGACUCUGAGGAGCAUCUGGCGGCGCUGCGUCUGGCGCUGGAGGACAAGGUGCUGGGCUUCGUGGGCCGGCUGAUGGAGUGCACGCGCACCAGCUGUGACGCUAACGGCCCCGCCAUCCAGAAGAACAUCUCCCGCAUCCGCCAGGACCUGGACCGACUCCAGAAGGCGCACGGCGGGAUCCAGGACCUUCUGCAGGAGAAAGACCCCUUCUGCUUCAUCGAGGCCAGCAAGACCACAGGAAGGAGAUGCUCCAGCCUGCUGAGGAAGAACAUGUUCCACCCCAAGUACGUGGACAUGCAGACCGGCUUCGUCAACGUCAUGAUGGAGGAGGAGAUGCGCAAGUUUGUGGAGGUCACGCUGCCGCGAGAAAUCAUGGCCGCCGUCCACUCCAUCUGUCAACUACUUGAGGAGGAGGAGGAAGAGGAAGGCGAGCAAACUCCGAACGAGGAAGUGACCAGGGAGACUGACGACGACGAUGAUGAUGAUGUUGAUGAUGAUGAUGAUGAUGAUGAUGAUGAUGACGACGACGACGACGACGUCCUGGACGACAGCAGCGAGGAGAUGAGCGAAGUGGAGGAGGACAGCGAAGGUGACUCGGAAGAAGAUCUUUACAUCCCUGAGGACGAGGACGAUGAGGAUGAAGACGAGGAGGAAGUGGAGGAGGAGGAAGAUGAAGAGAAUGAAAUGGAGCACAGCGAGAACUCAUGAAGGUCAGAGGAGGACCAGCUGGCUACACACACACACACACACACACACACACACACACACACACACACACACACACACACACACACACACACACACACACACACACACACACACACACACACACACCUACACACCUACACACCUGAAUGUAGAAUCCAAUGUUUUUCCCCCCCAAAAAAAGAAUAUUGUUGCAUGUUGCUUUGCCAAAGACUGGCGUACUGUGCUGCACUUCAAUGCUGUGAUGCUACCGCUAGGCUACCGAGCCCAAUAUAGCAAUGUUUUGAUACAGGUGAUGUUUCUCGGGCCAAAUAGCUAAUAAAGGAUUGACGUCGUGGACGUGCUUUUGUUUUCUCA